AUGGAACCAAUGAAUACGGAGGGUAUCGGCUUUCAAAAUAAGUGGUAUUCUGCGGAUCUUACUGAAUUCAAGAAUGCUACAGUAAUGCCAGUACCAUCUGCAUUUAAUGAUGUUACGGCCAGUGCAGAGGUACGUGAUCAUGUUGGUUGGGUAUGGUAUCAGCGAAGUUUUUAUGGAAGUCAACGUGAUUGGAAUCUUAGACAGUUUUUAAGAUUUUCAAGUGUCAACUAUUAUGCGAAAAUUUUUUUAAACGGAAAAGAAAUUGGAUCUCAUAUUGGUGGUCAUUUACCGUUUGAAUACGAAGUAACAAAUACGGUUGUCCACAACACAAAAAAUUUGCUAACUGUAGCGGUUAAUAACACACUUUCGAGUAGCACAAUACCUCCUGGUACAUUCCAAUAUGUCACAAGAAGAAACGAAUUUUACAAUACAUCUGAUGGUUACAUUCGACAAAUGCCAAAUUUUGAUUUCUUCAACUAUGCCGGUAUUUUACGUUCUGUUUAUCUGCUGAAAAAACCCAGCUAUUACAUUGAAGAUGUACGAAUUCAAGCCGAAAAAAACGGUAUGUUUUACUAUAGUGUAAUAUCGGAUCCACCUGAUAUGGACACUUCUUUCUUGGUGAUCAUUAAAGACGAUAUGGAAAUUAAUGUCUUUACUUCAACAAAUCAAUCGGGAGCUGGUAUCUUAAAAGAUGUCAAACCAUGGUGGCCACGAGGAAUGGGUGAUCCAACACUUUAUCUUCUGGAAGUCUAUUUGAUGAAAGACGAACAGGUGGUCGAUGUAUACAGACUUAAAUUUGGAUUUAGGACAAUUUCCUAUUCUUCAGAUCAGCUGUUUAUUAAUGGCCGUGCCUUUUAUUGCCAUGGAUUCGGAAUGCAUGAAGAUUUUGAGUUGCAUGGCCGUGGUUAUGAUCCUGUCGUGAUGACAAAAGACUUGAAUAUGCUUGAAUGGAUGAAUGGAAAUUGCUAUCGUACAUCGCACUACCCGUACAGCGAAGAAAGAGCUAUGGAAGCUGAUCGACGUGGUAUUGCCGUUAUCACAGAGACUCCAGCAGUUGGAAUAGCUGUGUUCACAGAAAAAAAUCGGAAAUUACAUGAAUUAAUGAUAAAGGAGAUGAUAGCUCGAGAUCGUAAUCACCCAUCAGUUAUUAUGUGGUCACUGGCCAAUGAACCAAAAACAGAUUUACCAGCUGCUCAACCAUAUUUUGAAUCACUGGUAAAUGUUGCCAAAUCAUUAGACGCUUCUCGGCCAAUAACUACUGUUUAUUCAACGUUGUACGACAGAGAUAAAACUGAACCAAGUCGACCUUUCAGUGAACAGUACCAGUUUGAAGUUAUAGAGUCAUGCCAUCAAGUAUUUGAUAUUCUAAGGGAAGUUCAUUACUUGGCUGGUGAAAUGAUUUGGAAUUUUGCUGAUUUUAUGACAGGUCAAGAUAUAACUCGUCCUCUUGGUAACCAUAAAGGUGUACUUACUCGGACCAGGCAGCCAAAGAUGGCUGCUUAUUUGUUGAGGAAACGUUAUGAAAAGCUAACCAAAGAAGCAUUAACAGCCAGUGAACCAGCAGAAGUAUAUAGUUUGUGGUCUUCCAGUGGAUCGCUUUUGCCUUUGCUUCAAGUCGAACAACAGCGGUAUCGACAACAGUGA